AUUCCAGCCAUCAAAUGUCUGUUCGUCCUGUCGUUACCAUAAACACAAAUAGCACGUAAUUGGGUUGACUCUUAAUUUGUCCAAAUAUGUUUUCAGACGAAACUCUCGAAUGCGUAGAAUUUAAAACUUCAUGGAAAAAGGAAAGGUCUGUCACAGACAGUUAUGCACAGACCAGGGAAAUACUCACAGACGAAUUGGGGAUACAGUCUAGAGAAACGGUGGACACUGAAAUCCAAACAGAGGAAGAACAAGAUAAAGAAUUACAUUUGCUGAAUGAUAAUCCUGAAAGUCUGGGUUCAUUUCUAAACAGUGUGUACCCUAUUAUGUCCAAAGAACUCGAGAAAAACAGUAGAAGUCACGCCUUUGAUGGAUAUGAUGUUAGUUGGGAAGAAAAGGCAGUUGCAGUUGACUGCAUUCACACUCUGAGUCAUAGCGCAUUGAAUGAAGAACUGCAGGUCACGGGGCUCUCGUGGAAUUCUACAGGCUCAGUAUUAGCUGCAGCCUUUGGAAAAUUUGACCACGAAGACUGGUGCACCCAUAAAUCUGCACUGUGCUCCUGGAACUUGGACAGAAGAAAUAUUAACUCCACAAAACCAGACAUAAGUGUAGACCUUCCUAGUUGUUUGAUGUGUAUUGCUUUCCACCCCAAACAGCCAAGUUGGAUAGCUGGAGGUACAUUUACUGGUGAAGUUAUGCUAUGGGAUACCAGCAAAGAGGAUGAGAUGUUAAUUGCAUCUUCAGGAAUAGGAGGUGAUGCCCACAGAGAACCUGUGUCAAAGCUGCGUUGGAUACCAGAUCCAGAAUCUAGGGGAAAGAAAUUCAACAUAGUCAGCAUCAGCAGUGAUGGGAAAAUCUUGGUAUGGCAGAUAUUUCCUCAUCAGCAAGCUCUCAGGCUGAUUGAUGGUUUUGUUCUUCUCACCGAAUCUCUGCCCAGAAACUUUCGUCCUAAGGGGCAACGCGGAGACCAAGAGGUGGGGGUCACUUGCAUUUCAUUCAGUUAUGAAGAUCCUAUGACUUUUGUCAUAGGUUCGGAGAGUGGAUGCAUCUUCAAAUGUUCAACAAAUGCCAAAGGCACCCCUGCUGGGAGGCACAUAACCUCCUCCGUCCCACUAAACUCGCCAGUCACCUUUGCAUUCAACCCACACCAUGGCCCAGUAUAUGAUGUCCAGUGUUCCCCAUUUCACAGAAAUUUAUUUAUGUCCUGUGGAUCGGACACCUCGGCCCGUCUCUACAGCAUGCUACAGGGACAUCCUAUCACAAUAAUGGAACCCAGUGCAGGUUAUCUGUUUUCAUCCAAGUGGUCCCCAGUUCGCCCAAUGGUGUUUGCAGUGGCAACAGAAGAUGGUUAUCUGUUGAUAUAUGAUUUGAAACAUAGCCAUGUCACCCCUGUCCAGAAGCUGGAAGCCAAAGAGCCUUUGUAUGCACUGGAGUUUAAUGUACACAAACGACAUCUGUUGGCUACUGGAGGGGGGCGUGGAACCAUCCAGGUGUGGCAUCUUAGUGAUGACUUGGCAUCCCAGGGAUCAAGAGAGGUGGAAAUGCUAGCAGAGAUAGCAGAAACCAGUGAUGACCAAUAAAAAUGGCUGUUUCAGACAUGUCAUGGUUUUAAAGUAGCCAGUCAGAUCUGUCUUAAAAGGCCCUGUUACACUGGGCUUGCAACUACUUGGAGAAUUAAUUUUCUACCACUCCCUACAUAACAAAAGAAAGCUGCAGUGUUGAAAGUUCAUACGUAACACUGAUGCAUGAAUUUGAUAUAAACUGUCAAAUAUUGUCAAAACGUCAAUUUUGAAAGAAGAGAGAAUGGGCAAUUUCACUAAACGUUUGCAAUUCUGGCCAAACAGGGGCUUAAAGAAAACAAGACAAUAAAGAUCUCAAAUGUACAUUCAAAUAUCAGCAACAGGACUGUUAAAAUAUCAAGGAGUAUAAUGUGAAAAAUUGACAAAUAUCCUGUGAAUAUCAGGAAAAUUAACCCUACAUAAAUUUAAUGCAAAUGAUAAUGAUUGAUUAAAGUUUACUUUGUUUUAAGUUUACAAGCAAUGUUGAACUCAAGUUCAUGAAAAAAAUACGUAUUUAAAAGCGCUCUUUCCUUAGACUAUUCAACAAAGUCAGACAAUUCUUUAGUUAAAGUUACAUAUGAAGUCAAACCUUUGCCAAUAAACCUGACCAAAUGACA